CUCAUCGACCCAUCAGCUUCGUCACCCAUCCGACCAAGCGGAGCACACCAAUCCCAUCCCCCACCCAAUCGAAGGAGCGGCGGCGGCGGCGGCGGCGACCGGAGAAGAUGGUGCGCAAGGCGAAGGUUGAGUUCGACGAGCAGCCGCCGGAUAACUUCGACCCGAAGAACCCGUAUGGGGACCCGGUGGCGAUGCUGGAGUACCGGGAGCACCUGGUGCGGGAGAAGUGGAUCCAGAUCGAGACCGCCAAGAUCAUCCGGGAGCGCCUCCGCUGGUGCUACCGCAUCGAGGGCAUCAACCACCACCAGAAGUGCCGCCACCUCGUCGACCAGUACCUAGAGUCUACCCGCGGCGUGGGUUGGGGCAAGGAUGCUCGCCCGCCCGAGUUCCACGAGCCCAAGAAGACCGUCGAGGCGGAGUAGCGGCGCUGCUGCACGGCUUCUCGUGCUGCUGUUCCUGGAUCGGAGAGGUGAUCUGAUCCUUCCAUUGAAUCGAAAGAAGUAACUUGGAACUGUUGCAAUUUGUCUUUUACAUCUGAAGCUGCUGAUAGACUUCAAAUAAAAUGUUGUCCAAGAAAACAUUCUUAUGCCCGUACCUGUUGUUCUUGUCGAGCUGUGUAAUUGAGCGAAUUGUGGCUUGAACCUUGGUGCCUACCUUGUUCUUAAAAUCCUAAUGUUCGAGUUUAUCCAGACGGUGUUUUUUUGUGUGUUUUUUCACUGUAAACUGCAUCUUUGAUCUGCAAGGAUACGAAAGGCACCAUUGAUAGAUGUUGACUGUUUGGUUUA